AUGGCCGCUGACAGUGGCAAUGGAGAUAAUGGCCUUAUAGACUUGGUGUUCCUGUACCAGAACUUCUAUGCACACUUGCCUGAGAACUUGGGAACCUUCACUGCUGACCUGUGUGAAAUGUUCCCAGCAGGCAUUUAUGACACCAAAUAUGCUGCAGAGUUUCAUGCCCGAUUUGUAGCUUCCUACUUAGAAUAAGCUUUCUGGAAAUGUGAGUGGGAAAAUGGGAAGCAGCAGGCAGCUGGCAGCCCACAUCUUGCCUUGGAGUUCUGCAGCUAUCCAUCUAGCAUGAGAGGCCGUAUUGACUACCGCUGCUGUAUGUCUCCUGUAACCUACUACUGCUCUCGUGCCACCGGCAUCCGCAACAAGUUCUCGGCCUAUGGCUGGUGCCCUCUAGGGCCACAGUGUCCUCAGUCACAUGAUAUUGAUCAUAUAAUUGACACUGAUGAGGCCAUGGCAGAGAAUAAGUGGCAAAGGUGGCGACAUAAGGACAAACGGAGGAGGGCUUUGCUGAGCCAACCAGGGACACAGACCUUUGAGGAAGCUGAAGAUUGUCCUCCCACAAAGCAGGUUCAUGAAGAUAGCCUCAAGACUGAGAACACUGAGCAAAAGGUGGCAGAGGGCGAAGCAAGCGCUCAGCUGGGCUCUAAGCAAGGUCACAAAGGUGGCUUGGAGAUGAAGCAUGAAGCAACAAGUUCUGAAACAGCUGAUGUGGCUACCUCAGAACUGCAGGUGAACCAAGCCAGUCCUAAUCCUGUGCCUGGAGAUGGACUGCAUCACGCUGCUUUUGAUGCCUUUAUGACAGGUUAUGUAAUGGCCUAUGUGGGCCUGAGCCAGGGCCUUCAACUCUGCAGCUCUGAACCUUGGCUUCCUGAAUGUCACAACAAAGUCUAUCUGACAUGGCAGAAUUUGAAUGUGUUUAUUCCACCAUACCUUGUCCUUGAGGAUUAUAAGGAGUACCUGAAACAUGUUUUAUGGAAAAAGAGUCACAAAUUUUUUGAAAAGCUUUGUUGA